AUGGGCUGUCUUGGAGGGCAGACGGAGGAAGAACGACUGGAUGAAAAAGCAAAGAGAGAAGCAAACAAGAAGAUUGAGAGACAACUUCAGAAAGAGAGACAGGCUUACAAAGCUACACAUAGACUAUUACUGCUGGGUGCAGGAGAAUCAGGUAAAAGCACGAUUGUGAAACAGAUGAGGAUUCUUCACGUCGACGGCUUCAACGCUGAAGAAAAGCAGGAGAAGGGUCAGGACAUCAGGAAAAACGUGAAGGACGCCGUCGUGGCCAUCGUGUCGGCCAUGACCUCGUUGACUCCACCCAUACCUAUUGGUAACCCUGGCAACCAGUUCAGAGUUGAUUACAUCAACAGCAUCGCACCGCUGUCUGACUUUGAAUACACUGAGGAGUUCUAUGAGCAUGCUCAGCAGCUCUGGGUGGAUGACGGCAUCAGGGCAUGUUUUGAACGCUCCAACGAAUAUCAGCUGAUCGACUGCGCUCAGUAUUUCCUGGACAAGUUGGACUUGGUCAGGAGGCCGGACUAUACGCCCACUGACCAGGAUUUGUUGCGCUGCAGAGUUUUGACUUCAGGGAUAAUUGAAACCAGGUUCCAGGUCGACAAGGUCAACUUCCAUAUGUUUGAUGUAGGUGGACAGAGGGACGAACGCAGGAAGUGGAUUCAGUGCUUCAACGAUGUCACGGCCAUCAUCUUCGUCGCCGCCAGCAGCAGCUACAACAUGGUCAUCAGAGAGGACAACUCCACCAAUCGACUGCGAGAGUCUCUGGACCUCUUCAGGUCCAUCUGGACCAACAGGUUUCUGAAGACCAUAUCCGUGAUCUUGUUCCUGAACAAACAGGAUGUCCUUGCUGACAAAAUUCUGGCGGGAAAAUCUAAACUGGAGGAUUAUUUCCCUGAAUACGCCAACUACACAGUUCCUGUUGACGCUGUUCCUGAUGCUGAUGAAGACGCCAGAGUGGCCCGAGCAAAGUUCUUCAUCAGAGAUGAGUUUUUGCGGAUCAGCUUGGCGAGCAGCGAUGGGAAGCAUCACUGUUAUCCUCACUUCACCUGCGCAGUGGACACCGAGAACAUCCGGCGCGUCUUCAACGACUGUCGUGACAUCAUCCAGCGCAUGCACCUGAGGCAGUACGAGCUGCUCUGA